UUUUUUUGUACGUAAUAACCAUGAGUCUCAGUGAUGCCCUUUUAUGUAACCUGCCAUAUUGCAGCAUAACAUACUUCGGAUGAGGGGACGUACUUUUUAGGGCAUCAUCGGGUCAGCCUCAAGGUGGGGGCUUGUGAUGGGUGAAAGUUCAGAGGUGAUAAUCUACUUGUCUUUGUGUAAAGGAGUGGAGCUCGAUCUCACAUCACUCUUCCCUCUUCCCCGAGUCCUUUCUAAACUCUCCCCCGGGUUUCUACCCUCCCGAACCUUUCCCCUUCUACCCUAACAACCCCAACCCUCCCCCCAAUCACUUUGCAGCGCAAGAAUUGGAUCAUCUCAGUGACCAAAGACCCCAGUUCUGUCCUGACAGCUACAGUUGCAGAUAUGGACUCCGGUGUGAUUGAAGGCGGACUCAAUGUCACCCUUACCAUUAGGUUGCUCAUGCACGGCAAGGAGGUUGGAAGCAUAAUUGGGAAGAAAGGUGAAUCUGUGAAGAAGAUGAGGGAAGAGAGUGGGGCUCGCAUUAACAUCUCUGAGGGCAAUUGUCCAGAGAGGAUCAUCACUUUGGCAGGUCCCACCACUGCCAUCUUCAAGGCAUUUUCCAUGAUCAUUGAAAAGUUGGAGGAGGACAUAAGCAGCUCAAUGACAAACAGCACAGCUACCAGCAAGCCCCCGGUCACCCUGCGCAUUGUGGUGCCCGCCAGCCAGUGUGGCUCCCUCAUUGGGAAAGGUGGCUGCAAGAUCAAGGAAAUUCGAGAGUCAACCGGUGCUCAGGUACAAGUGGCAGGUGACAUGCUUCCCAACUCCACGGAGCGUGCCAUCACCAUCGCUGGCACUCCCCAGUCAAUAAUUGAGUGUGUAAAGCAGAUCUGCGUGGUCAUGCUUGAGUCUCCCCCUAAGGGGGUCACUAUCCCAUACCGACCCAAACCUUCAGGAUCUCCCGUCAUCUUUGCUGGCGGACAGGCAUAUGCUGUACAAGGACAGCACGCGAUUCCACAGCCAGAUUCUUCCUCUGCUGCUAUUUCUCCACAGCUCACCAAGCUUCACCAGCUGGCUAUGCAGCAGAGCCCUUUCCCCAUUGCACCAAGCAACCAGGGAUUCACAGGGAUGGAUGCUUCUGCUCAAACCAGUUCCCAUGAGAUGACCAUUCCAAAUGACCUUAUUGGAUGCAUCAUUGGCCGCCAGGGAGCCAAGAUCAACGAGAUCAGGCAAAUGUCUGGUGCCCAGAUCAAGAUUGCAAACCCAGUGGACGGAUCAACUGACCGCCAGGUCACCAUCACAGGCUCUCCUGCCAGCAUCAGUCUGGCAGAGUACCUCAUCAACGCCAGUGUAGAGUCCUCUAAACCUCCUCCCUCCUCCUCCUCUUCCUUGAACCCUGAACAGACCAGCUUGUGCCCUCCCUCAACCUCUACUACUACUACUACCACCACUACUACUACUACUACCACCACCACCUCCUCUGCUGCUACCUCCUCCUUCCCCUCCUCCUCUUCUUCUUCCUCUUCCUCCUGUGUGGUGCCCCCCACAGCCUCCAUCCCUCUGUCCUUGUUGGCUCCUGGGCCGCCUCCUCCCUCCUCUUCCUCCUCCUCUUCUUCCUCCUCCACUGAUUCCCUGCUCCCCAGCUCUCCUGCCUGUGUGUCCAGUCUCCUCAGUCUCAAGCCCCUGCCUCUGCUGGCCCUCCAUGUGGUCAGCGGGGCCAGUAACACCCCACACCCAAUCCCCACUGAGCCCAAAGUGGCCCCCGAGCUGGGCUCCAAGCUUUCCUCUGAGGCCACAGGAUUGUCAGCCAACUGAUAAGACACUGCAUCUGCACAAAAAUCACAAUUUUAUGUCAUCGGCUCCCAAAAAGCAGUCAGUGCUACUGUCCGACUUCAGAGUUUAUAUUAUACCACUUCUUCCUCAUUUGAAAUCAUGUCGGCACCUGUGUGAUCCUGCAGAGUUCAUUAUUUAUUUUCAGUUUUUUUUGGUUUUAGUCAAAAGAAGAAACAAGUCAAAUUUUAAAUUCCCUUUUUGUGAGUCGGGUUGGAGAUUUUAAUGAUUACCUUUUUUUUUUUUUUUUUUUGUUUGGAUGGAUCUCUUGCUCUCUUCCAUUUACUUUCCUUGCCACACCAGAGGUGUGGAGUUGGUAAACUCUGAUUAGGCAUAUAGAUUUAGUUCUAAAGUUGUUUUUUUUCUCUCUCAAAAAAGAAAGGAUCAAUUUAAGUGUGAAAAAUACGCAGAGUGACCCUUUUUAUUCUGUUUGUAAAGAUUUUGUUUCUCUCCCAGUUUCAUCAGCCAGUCUGUCCAUUUCUUGUAUUUACUUUAAAAACAAAUUCCGUCAUUCCCUCGCAUCUCCUUUUUUUGGAUUUAAGUGCUUGUUACAUGGAUUACACUUGUGUCACUGAUGAGAAUCCGUAGCUGUACGCGCACUGUCACUCGGCAUAUUUGGUCAUGAUGGCAAACACUCAAUUGAAUUUAUUCAGGUAAUUUGAAAUGUGGAUUCAAAACGCAUGUCCCUUUUUCCUCUCCUCUACACGCCAUUCCGGUUUCCCCCCUCGUGGUCCUGAGAUUAUUUGUUAAUAUUUUGCUGGGUUGGGAGGUUUUUUGGGGUCUGGGCUCUGCUCAAGGGAUCGGAAGCAGAGGGUUGCCCUCGCUUUUUUUGUAUAGACUGAUAUAUACUAAAGAAAAAAAAAAUUAAAAAGUUGGAAUAUUUGUUUUAAAUGGAGGAAUUAUUUUUUUUUAAUACCAAAGGGGGAGAACUCCUGGACACUGAUUUGUCUAUGAAACGUGAUGAGGCUGGUGGGGAAAAAAAAAAAAAAAAAGGUGAAACCACAGAUGCUUUGGAACUUGUCAAAGACAGGGUUGUGAGUUAACACUAGAUUCCUGCUCUUUGCUUUGCUCAAUUCAGAAUCUGUUUUAUUUUUUAUUUGCAGGAAAGAAUAAACUUUUGUGCACGUUUUUUGAGACUGUAGACCUGGGUGCCACAACAUUGUUUAAUAAAAAUGCAGAAAUAAAGAUGUGAAAUGCUCAAACCACAAAUUCUCUGAAUUGUCUUUAAUGUAUUGGGGAAAAAAAACACAUUUGGGCUUUACAAGUUGAAUUUUAUUUUUAACUGGUUCUUAAAUAUAUUUAAUGUACAGUUACAAUAAUGCAGUAUAAAAGCCAACGUUUGACUUCAGAAGGGGGAUUGUUUCAGUCAGC